AUGGCCGUCAAGAAGCGCCGCUCCUCCAGCUCUCCAGAGGAGUCGCGGUACCGUGAGAAGGUUCCUCAUUUGGAAGAGAGGACCUCCUAUACCCAUUGCAAAGAUCUUAUGGAGCCCUCGACAUCAAGUGGAACAGUUUCCAGUGAUAACGACACAUCGAAGAUUUCCGUGGGCCGGAAGGAUGUGAAUCUGACUUUAAUCGUCGUUUCUUUUCAGAAUACCGCAUCCCUUGAUGACUUUGAUCGUAUCAAAACAUUGGGAACCGGCUCAUUCGGGAGGGUGAUGCUCGUGAAGCAUAAACAAUCUGGCAGCUACUAUGCAAUGAAAAUUUUAGAUAAGCAAAAGGUUGUGAAACUGAAGCAAGUGGAGCACACGCUGAACGAGAAGCGAAUCCUUCAAGCAAUCGACUUUCCUUUUCUCGUCAAUAUGCAGUACUCCUUCAAGGACAAUUCAAAUCUCUACAUGGUGCUCGAAUUCAUUUCCGGUGGUGAAAUGUUCUCUCAUUUGGCAAUGGCGUUUUUCAGUUUCUCCGAGCCUCAUUCGCGGUUCUAUGCGGCACAGAUAGUGCUGGCAUUCGAGUACUUGCACUCUCUCGACUUAAUCUAUCGAGACUUGAAACCAGAAAAUCUGUUGAUCGACAGUACAGGUUACCUGAAGAUCACUGAUUUCGGAUUUGCAAAGCGGGUCAAAGGUCGCACCUGGACGUUGUGUGGGACUCCGGAGUACUUGGCUCCAGAGAUCAUCCUUUCCAAGGGCUACAAUAAGGCAGUAGACUGGUGGGCCCUUGGAGUGUUGAUUUAUGAGAUGGCUGCAGGUUAUCCGCCGUUCUUCGCCGAUCAGCCCAUUCAGAUCUAUGAGAAAAUCGUUAGUGGCAAGGUGAAAUUCCCUUCACAUUUCUCCAACGAGCUGAAGGAUUUGCUGAAGAAUUUGCUUCAAGUCGAUCUGACAAAGCGCUUCGGUAAUCUGAAGAACGGCGUCGCUGACAUCAAGAACCACAAAUGGUUCGGCAGCACCGACUGGAUCGCGAUCUAUCAGCGAAAGGUAGAGGCGCCUUUCCUACCGAAAUGUCGCGGUCCAGGCGAUGCCUCAAACUUCGACGACUACGAGGAAGAGCCGCUGCGUAUCUCGGGCACCGAGAAGUGUUCCAAGGAGUUUGCCGAGUUCUAA